AUGAGACAAAAAAAAAUCAUUUACGGUGAUUCCAUCUCGUACAGACACAUGUGCCGUUUCGAAUCCGGGUUUUUCUACAGACAUCCAUUGAUGGAAGAAUACGAGUGGUAUUGGAGAGUGGAACCUGGUAUUAAAUUGACCUGUGAUUUGGAUUAUGACUUGUUCAAAUUUAUGGAAGACAACGGUAAAAAAUACGGAUUUGCUAUCUCUAUUCAUGAAUACGAAGCCACUGUUCCAACUCUAUGGGAUACUACUGUUAAAUUCAUGAAGAAAUAUCCAGAAUACAUUUCCAAGAAUAAUAUGUUGGAUUUCAUUAGUGAUGACAAUGGUCUUUCUUACAACAUGUGUCACUUCUGGUCCAAUUUCGAAAUUGCGUCUUUAGACUUCUGGAGAAGUCCAGCAUACAGUGCAUACUUUGACUUUUUGGACAAAGCUGGUGGCUUUUUCUACGAAAGAUGGGGUGAUGCACCUGUCCAUUCCAUUGCUGCUGCUUUAUUCCUAGAUCGUAGUGAAAUCCAUUUCUUCGAAGAUGUUGGAUACUUCCAUGCACCAUUUUAUUCAUGUAACAUUGACGACAAGGUUAGAUUGGCAGGUAAAUGUGAUUGUAAUCCAGAGGUGGAUUUCACUUGGAAUGGAUUUUCUUGUACAACCAAGUUUUUCACCGUCAAUGACAUGACUAAACCAGAAGGUUGGAAAGAACAUGUCAACAAGAGAGUAUGA